AUGGAAGUCUCCCCGGCCAAACCGAUGGCUUGCGAGGAGGCGGAGAGACAACGGGAAGACGACCAUCUUCUCACCCUGAAGGCCUUGACGGAGAAACUGAGACUGCAGACCAGGAGACCUUCUUACCUGGAGUGGAAAGCCAAGGCGGAGGCGGAACGUUUCCGCGGCUCGGGUAGCGGGGAAGCGGCGGGACGCAAAGCAGGGGACUCCGCCGUCAUCCGCUGCCAGUUGCCGUCGGGGCUGCUGAAGACCUUCGAGACCGUCGACGAGGCUCUCGGCUGGCUCAGGAGAGAACUGAGCGACAUGCGCCAGCAGGACCAGCAUCUAGCCAGUCAGCUGGUCGGUCUGCGCGGCGACAUCAGCGAGCUGCGGAUGGAGCGGGCGUGCCAGCGGCACCGCCGCAUGCUCAACGACGCCACCUACGGGCUGGAGGAGCGCGACCAGCUGUCCGACCUGCCCUACGAGUGCCCCGUCACGCCCGGCCUGGGCCUCUCGGCGCCCCUGCGGCUCAUCGGCGUCACCAAGAUGAACAUCGACUCGCGUCGCUUCUCGCUGUGCUAGCCCAAGAUGAUAGUGGAGCCGAGAGAAGCUAACGCAAGGUUGUCUUUGAGAGCAAAUGAGAACACAGCGUCACAUCUGAGACACAUCGUAUCGUUAGUUAUUUAACAUUUCAUAAAGUCGUGGCGACGGUAAAGUGCCAGAACAAUCCCGUGGGCGCGGACAAAAGGGAUUAAGGAUUAACGUUAUUUGGCCAAUUAGGACGCCUUCAACGCCGCGCCGUUGACAAUUCCUUUCGCUCGCUCAGCGUCCAAUUAAGAUGUGGAAAUUCCAGGCAAUAGGAACGGCCAUUUUCCGUUGCCGUUCGAGGCCGCUUGGGGUGGCCCACUCGCAGCCAGCCCACUUUUCUACCUUUUGGAGAUUAGCAAAUAGGAAGCGUGACUCCAGCCAAGCGGCCGACUUUGAUGGCAUUAGGAAACGUGGCUGCGAUUUCAGCCAUCGCCGUCAGGACGCCAGAGUGGAUCCACGUGAAGGACGACAGCGUUGGAAAAGUCUUGCAAAACGUGCUUCUUUUUAAUAAACAUGUGCACAACAACGCUGCGACACUUCCAAAGGCACAAUUGGGGCUCAACGGCAGCUCAACGAGCCAACACUUCAUCUGGGGGUUUCCCCAAAUUCUUCCAGAAAAAAAUGGGUAGCCUACCCUUCAUUGACUAAAAACAAAAGUGGCCAUAAGAUGCACAGCAACUGCCGACAGGAAAUAACGAGGCGGCCAUUUUGGAUUCUCUGUGCCCCAGUUAGGGGAAGACUUGACUGAGGCACCUUUGGGUGUUCAGAGAGCACAAAACAGGCAAAUUGGGCUGCACCACUUAAGAGGAGAACAACAAGCAAUAAGCAAUAAGGCAGCGGUAAUCCAAACUGAUGUGCUGACCGCAUCCACUUGUGGUGUGGCUGACUGCCGUGGCAGAUACUGCCCAUAACGUAACCAGGGCUGGAGCGCA